UGUACGUAAAUUAAAAAGUUCACAUUGAAAAAAAGAGUGGCAAAAGAGUGGGAGGAGGGGAAUCUUGAUUGAACUGAAUGAAAUUUAUUUGUCGUAAAAACCCGCGCGGUGGCCAUUUUGCAAUUGAGGAUGCAAUUAUCUGUCUCUUUUGGUCUGCUCGCUGUUAUCUCCGUCUUUUUUAUUGAAAAAAAUCACAGAGCGUGAAAUAUAUUCGAAGUAUCCUUGACAGGUCGUUCCGUCCGCGUUCACCACCGUGACGUUCUGAUUCUAAACAGAAAUAACUCGAGAAUAUUCAUCGGAACGAGUCGAUCUGUGGUAGUUCUUCCGCGACAGAUCUCCAGAACGGUUGCGUGUUUUACCAUAAUUUUCAACGAAAGAAGAUACCCAACGAACUAUUUUUGAAUCAUGUCACAUCAGACGGGAAUCAAAGCGAAUGAUUCACUCAAGAAGCUGUUUGCCAAAUGCCGCGAUGGCAAGAUACGGGUUUUGAAAGUUUCCAUAGAAAAUGAGGAAUUAACUCCUGCUGCUUCCUCCAAGCCUGCGAACAAGUGGCAGGAUGAUUAUAAUAAAAUGAUCAAGCCUCUGAUUGUCGAGAAUCAGCCUGCAUAUAUUCUUUAUCGUCUUGACACCAAAUCUUCGGAUUCUGGUUAUGACUGGUUGUUCAUAUCAUGGUCCCCUGAUACAGCACCGGUCAGGCAGAAAAUGCUUUAUGCAUCGACCAAAGCUACCUUGAAGCAAGAAUUUGGUACAGCUUCCAUAAAAGAAGAAUUGCACGGGACUGUGCCCGAAGAUAUAACUUUGGAAGGCUAUCACAAGUAUAAAAGGAACGAUGCAGCACCAGCACCAUUAACCACCGCUGAAGAGGAAUUAGCGGAGCUCAAGAAGAAUACAGUCACCACAGAUUACAGCGUGGAAACAAGACAUCAAACAUUGAGUGGAGUUGCUUUCCCUGUGACAGACGAAGCAAAACAAGUAAUUACAGAAUUAGGCAAAGGCAUACACGAAUAUGUUCAGUUGAAGAUUGAUUUGGAGGAGGAGAAAAUACAUUUGGUCACAGCUUGCGAUGUUUCAUUGGAUAAACUGCCAACAAAGGUUCCGUCGGACUCUGCUAGAUAUCAUCUUUAUAAUUUUAAGCAUACUCACGAAGGAGAUUAUAUGGAAUGCAUAGUUUUUAUAUAUAGUAUGCCUGGAUAUAGUUGCAGCAUCAAAGAGAGAAUGUUAUAUUCAUCGUGUAAAGCACCUCUUCUAGACCUAAUUCAAUCGCUCGGAGUGAACAUAACGAAAAAACUUGAAAUAGAUGAUGGAAGUGAACUAACUGAGGGAUUUUUACAAGAGGAGUUACAUCCAAAAGUCAGUUUACAUCAGCCAAAAUUCGCAAAGCCUAAGGGUCCACCAGGCAGAGGUGCAAAACGUUUAACCAAGGUCCAAGAUUUAGGAACUUCCGACCGAGAUAGUUAA